CAUAGCAAAGAGCAACCAAUUAACUCGUGAUCGAGUACGUACGUCACGACUCGCUAGCCUGCAGGUGCGAAACGAACUUACGUACUGAUCAGGACGAGCGUUCACGACCGAGACCGACCGACCACUGCACGUCAGUACUCAUGGAGAUGCCACCGCCGCCGCCUCCUCCUCCCCGCCGUCCUGCGGCGACGGGGCCGGCCGGCGGCAAGCCUGACCGCAAGACGGUGGAGCGCGUCCGCCGCAACCAGAUGAACGCGCUCUACUCCCGCCUCGACAAUCUCGUCCGCGCCGGCGGCGGCGCCGCGCCUUCUCCCGCACCGGCGGCGACGAGGCCUGACAGGCUCGGGGAGGCGGCGGCGUACAUAACGCAGACGGCGGAGCGGGUGGAGAGGCUCAAGGAGAGGAAGCGCGAGCUGACGGCGGCCAGGGCUACCACCACCGAGGCCGGCUCCGGCUCCGGGUCGGGUUCCGGAUCCUCCCAGCAGCUGGAAGUGCAGGUGCAGCACCUGGGCUCCGGCCUGCACGCCAUCCUCGCCACCGGGGGUCCUCCGAGCGACGGCGCGUCCUUCCACCGCGCCGUGCGCGCCGUCGAGGAGGCCGGCGGCGACGUGCAGAACGCGCACUUCUCCGUCGUCGCCGCCAGGGCCGUCUACACCAUCCAUGCGCUGGUGGGGGAGCAACCGGGCAGCAUCGAGAGGGUGGUGCAAAGGCUCAAGGAAGCUGUGCGUGGACAUGGUGGACGCUAAGCCCUAAAUUAAGGGCCUGUCCACAACAACACGGCAGAGGCAGAAAUCAAACUAUUCCAUGCAUGUGGAAGUUCUGCCAAGAUUGAUUAAUUAUGUGAAAGUAGUUAAGUUGUGCCAAAAUUAAUCGUAGUAGUACUAUCCUCGCUAGUUGGUCUGCAUGCAUGGCGCAUGCAAAUAAUUCAACCUUAGAGUAAUUUCGUUAACGCGUUGGCCAUCUGUCAGUCAACGCGGCAUGCAGCACAGAGAGCAUGCCUACCUAGCUACCUGCUCUCUGGUAGUACUGCAAAAAGGACCGACGAACGAAACUGCAUGGCUUUGACGCGGUAAUUGUGGUUACCUGUAUUGCGGAUGAGUUGUGUGCAUGCACCGAUCCUAACAUUUGCGCAACUUGUGGCCGCGCUCGCUCGUGUAACACGUACUACGUACGUGUUGACAAUUGACGUGCGAGGACAAAUUUGCACAAGUUAUGCACAAUAUAUGUUCUGUACUCAGUACUGUAAGUCGAAAAAGAAUGUGUGUACUCUCUCCGGCAAUACGUAUUGUUCAAUUUUUUGUA